UUAUGUUUUCCGAACAUUUCCUUUAACCGAAGUGUAAUUAGUUUUGACGCAUUCUACAUCAAUUCUUUUUUUCGUGACCAUUUACAAGUAAAGAUGGCUCCGACUGCCAAAGCGACUAAGACAGCUACCAGCAAAACUCCCGCUCCUGCUCCUGCAGUUGCAAAGAAGAAAGAUGCAAAAGCAGCCCCCGUUUCCAAGGAAGCAGUGAAAAAGUCUGUUAAAUCUGUGCCUGCUAAGGAAAUUGCUAAAAAAGAUACAAAGUCUGGUGCCACCAAAGAAGCGCCACGGAAAGAUGCCAAGCCAGCUGCUGAUCCAGUUAAGGAAGCAGCAUCCAAAGUCGAUAAGUCUACCACUGAAAAAUCCCAUAAAACGGCGCCUGCUAAGCCCGUUGCCGCAAAAGGGAAGAAAAGCUCAACACCGACUGCUGCUGCAGCCGCUAGCCAGGCUCCAGUUAAGGAGGCAGCAGCUAAAGUGGAAAAACCCGCUACUGAAAAACCCCACAAGGCAGCAGCUGCUAAACCGGUUGCCGCUAAACCGAAAAAAAGUGUAACAGCCUCUGCUGCGGCUGCCACUGGCAAGGUGGGGAAGAAGGUUAUUUUACGUGGCAAAAGUCUAAAGAAGAAGAAGGUCUCCUUACGUUUUGGCAUUGAUUGCACCAACAUAGCCGAAGAUAAUAUCAUGGAUGUGGCUGACUUCGAAAAAUAUGUCAAGGCUCGCUUGAAGGUCAAUGGAAAAGUCAACAAUUUGGGUAAUAAUGUCACGUUCGAACGUGUUAAAAUGAAGUUGUAUGUCAAUUCCGAUGUACAUUUCUCCAAAGCAUAUCUUAAGUAUUUAACCAAAAAAUACUUAAAGAAGAACAGCUUACGUGAUUGGAUUCGUGUGGUAGCCGAUGAUAAGGACUCAUAUGAAUUGCGCUAUUUCAGAAUUAGCUCUAACGAUGAUGAAGAUGAAGACGCCGAAUAGAAAGGGAAAAUAUAUAAUUUUAUUUUUUCUUA